AUGUCUCGAGUAAUAAUAAAGGGAUUACCCAUAUAUCUUGAUGAAGAACAAUUGAAAAAAAAAUUAGGUCGGAUAAAUAAUAAUGACACUAUAACUCAAGAUAUAACCGAUUUAAAAAUUGUGAGAAACGCUAAAACUGGAGAAUCAAGAAAAUUUGGAUUUAUUGGAUUUAAGACUUACGAGAGUGCAGAAAAAAUUAUUAAAUAUUUUGACAACUCCUUUAUUGAUACCUCAAGGGUCAAUUUACAAUUUGCAAAAUCGUUUGCAGAUCCAAGUGUUCCAAAAUCAUUUCGACAAAGACAAAGAGAAAUUAAUAAAAGAAAACAAAUAGAAGAACAAAGAGAAAAAGCCAAAGAGAUUAAAAAAAGAAGACUAAAUGUUAGAGAAGAGAUCGAUGAAAAAAUCAACAAAAAUAAGGUAUUGAAAGAAUAUCUUGACACAGUCAAUUCUACCGUUAAAAUAGUUGAUGGGAAGGGAAAUCCUUCGGUUCAAGAUUUAGAGGAUGCCUUGAACAAGAAAGAUAAUGAAAUUAAAAAUGAUAAAAAUGAAGAUGGAAUUACGCGAGAUGAAGAAAAUGAGAGUGAUGAGGAAUAUGAGGAUUUCAGACCCAAAUCCCAAGAAGAGAAAAAUGAAGAGUCUGAUAAUAAUGGAAAUGAAAACGAAGAUAAUGAGAGAGAAGAAAAAAUGAUCAGUUUAUCGGAAAUGGCAAAAGAUUCCACCGUAUCAGAUUUAGAUUGGUUAAAGCAACAUCGAAUUAGAAUGCUUGAAAAUUCUAAAGAGAAUAAGAAUAAUGACCAGAAUCAGGAAGAGAGUGACUUUGGAAAUGAAGUAAAAAAUUCCAAUAAAGAUACAAAAAAAAAAUUCACUGAACAAGAAAAGACUGAAGAAUUAAUAUUAGAAACAGGAAGAUUAUUUAUUCGAAAUAUACUAUAUACAGCCACAGAAGAAGAUUUUAGAGAAUUAUUCGGUCCAUAUGGGAUUUUAGAUGAAGUUCAUAUUGCUGUUGAUACUCGAACACAUAAAUCCAAAGGAUUUGUUUAUAUUCAAUUUCAGAAUCCUAAGGAUGCAUUAUUUGCGUAUAAAGAGUUGGAUAAGCAGAUUUUCCAAGGUAGAUUGUUACAUAUAUUACCAUCAAAGGCUAAAAAGAGUCAUAGGUUGGAUGAAUUUGACAUUAAAAAUUUACCAUUAAAGAAACAAAAAGAGUUGAAAAAGAAGGAAAUGGCAUCUAAAUCCCAAUUUACAUGGAAUUCAUUAUUUAUGAGCAAUGAUGCUGUGAUUGAGUCUGUUGCAUCUAAAUUGAGAUUGAAAAAGAGUGAUUUGAUUGAUCCUGAAUCAUCCAGUAGUGGUGUCAAGCAGGCCUUAGCAGAGGUUGAUGUUAUUGGGGACGUUCGAAAAUAUUUUGAGAGCAAAGGAAUUGAUUUAACAUCAUUUGAAAAAAAACAGGAAAAGGAUGAUAAAGUUAUAUUAGUGAAAAAUUUUCCAUUUGGUACAACAUCUCAAGAGAUUGCAGAUUUGUUCAUUCCAUUUGGGGAAUUGAAAAGAUUAUUAUUUCCACCAUCCGGAACGAUAGCUAUUGUUGAGUAUAUUGAUAUACCAUCAGGAAGAGCAGCAUUUACAAAGUUAGCAUAUAAAAGGUUCAAAAACAGUGUUAUAUAUCUAGAAAAAGGACCAAAAGAUUUAUUUAAAAGAGAGCCAACAGAAGGUGAAAGGCAUAAUUCGAAACCAAAAGAGGCAGCCAAUGAUAAAAGCGAUGAGGAUAAGGAUGUCAAAAAGGCUAAGAUAUCAGCAAGUGAUAUCUUGUUGGAAGCUACAGAAGAAAAUGAACCGGACGCUCAUCAAGGCACUACAGCCUCUGUUUUUAUAAAGAACUUGAAUUUCAAGACAACUACAAAAGACUUAAUGGUCAUGUUCAAAACACUUCCAGGGUUUCUUGUUGUUCAAGUGAAGGAAAGCAAGCCAGGCGUAAGCAUGGGCUUUGGAUUUGCUGAGUUCAAAACAAUGGAGGAUGCAAACAAUUUCAUUUCGACUUUCAAUGGAAAAUCGAUUUUAGAGCACAAGAUCGAGUUGAAGAUAUCCAACAGAGUGAACGAUGCAAAUGCCAAAAUUAAGCCAGCAGGCAAGAAGAACGAGAAACUCAUCGUCAAGAAUCUUCCAUUCGAAGCAACAAGAAAAGACGUCUUUGACUUGUUCAAUCCCUUUGGCGACCUCAGAUCAGUCAGAGUUCCCAGAAAGUUUAACAACCAAACCAAGGGUUAUGCCUUUGUGGAAUUUGUGCUUUCAAAGGAAGCUGAGCACGCUAUGCAAAGUCUUACUGGGGUACAUUUGUUGGGUCGUAGAUUGGUUAUAGAGUACAGUAACGAGUAGAAGAACAAUAAUACAAAUACAAGGAAUUUCUCACCGUAGGAAGCAAUUCCAGCACGAAU